AUGGAAAAAUGUCAGAGGAGGAAUAUUUCCGUUGUGAGAAUAUUCGUUUACCGCAGAAUUCAAACCUUUUACUACGCUGCCUUUAUCCUCCCCAAGCCCAAAUUAGAGCCUAACGGUGAAAUAAAUUGUAACCCUAACCCCUUCUGGGAUUCUCCCAAGCUCACUCGAUCAUGCUCAAACCUGGAAAGAAGGGAUGUUCUUGGUAAUACAAUUCAUCAAUUUCCAGAUUUAAAGUCGCAAUCUUUCGUGAAUUUACAGGAACUUACAGCAGGUAAAGUGGCUGCUAAUCUUGAAAGCCCCAGGUCGAGAAUUUACAGGAAUUCACCCGUUGAACCUUAUGUGGGACAGGAGUUUGAGUCAGAAGCAGAGGCACAUGUAUUCUACAAUGCAUAUGCCACGAGUGUUGGAUUCAUCGUACGUGUUAGUAAACUCUCGCGAUCAAGGAUCGAUAAUUCUACUAUUGGGCGGAUUUUUGUCUGCAACAAAGAGGGAUACAGGAUGACUGACAAGCGUGAAAAUGUUAUACGGCAAAGGGCUGAGACAAGGGUUGGUUGCAAGGCAAUGAUAAUGGUAAGGAAAGUAAAAUCCGUUAGCUGGGUUGUUACAUGUUUUAUAAAGGAACACGCACACCCUCUUGCUGGUCCAGGAGGUGGCAGAAGGGAUUUCAUCUACGAACAAUAUCCGGGCGAAUGGGAUAGAAUUCGGGAAUUAAAUCAGCAGUUGACAACAGAGAAAAAGAGGUCUGUCACCUACAAAAGACAUCUUGAAGUCGAGCACAUUGACGUCGACGAGUAUAACGAGAGCCUAUUGAAGAAAAUACAACACAUAGUAUACAAUGUAAAGGAGAUGGAAAGCAAAGAAGAACAAAGUCAAUUGAACUUUCAAUCAGCCACCCUUUAAAUAAUUUUCCGUCCGACGAAACACAGAAACCAACCGUCAAUUCAAAAAUACUGCGAUGCGAAGCAUACAAAGUGUAAUGUUAGUAGUAUUCUGCUAAUUGCUGAUCCUAGGGUGUUUGCUCUCUGUUCCUACUUUAGAUGUCUG